AUCCAGCCGCCCAAAUCGCCCCUCCGGCGCUUUGUCUCGCAGAUCGCGUAUUUCACAUAUUUUGUAACCCUCAUCCAGGUCCUUGUAUUCAUCGUGGAGCUCGUGAGGAUGAGUCAGCUCACAGGAUCGCCCCUCCAGACCAAGCCUUCGUUCAAUCCGAUGAUUGGCCCGCUGUCGUACGUUCAAAUCAACAUGGGCUCGCGGUUUACCCCGUGCAUGCACACCUAUAAGGGUCUAACGGACGACCCGUCACUCUUGUUUCCUUGCCCUAACUCUACCACAACUGAUACCGAAGUGUGCUCCCUCCGGGAAUUGUGUGGCAUGAACGGCUUUGGGACGUACACCAACGCUUCUGGGGACACUGUGAGCUAUCCCAACCAGUGGUACCGCGUGUUUGUGCCGAUGUUUCUCCACGCAGGCUUCCUCCAUAUCUGCUUCAACCUCUUUCUACAGUUGACCAUGGGUGCGGACAUCGAGCGCACACUCGGGAUUGUCCGCUACAUGGUGAUCUACAUUGCCCUGGGAAUGUCUGGCUUUCUUCUCGGCGCAAACUUCUCCACCAAUGGAAUAUCGUCGUCGGGUGCCUCUGGCGCGCUUUUUGGCAUCAUCGCCGUCAAUCUCUUGAUGUUUGUGUACGCGGGAAAGGAAGGCCGCAACCACUACAACACCACCCACUACAAACUCUUUUUAAUCACCAUGGUGUGUGAAAUUGUCAUAUCGUUGUUUCUAGGGCUAUUACCAGGGUUGGACAACUUCUCGCACGUCGGGGGCGCUGUCCAGGGUCUUCUUUUGGGUGUGGUGUUGCUCAAGGAUCCGCAUUUUGUGUACGACUCUGAGUACCUAGCGUCUUCGCGUUAUGAUAUUCGCCACCCUUUAAAGAACAAGCGCACCAAGUUUUUUGGGACAACCUUUUCGAUGCGCCCCAAUCUCGAGGCCAAGGUCAAAAGCCGUCUUAUCUACUGGCUGAUCUUCCGUGUCGUGUGUUUUUUGCUCUCCCUCGCGUACUUUACGGCCUUGGCUAUGAACUUUCACAAGAACGGCGGCGGCGGUUGUUCGUGGUGCAAAUAUUUAAACUGUAUCCCCGUCAACGGUUGGUGUGAUAUCGGG